CACAAAUUGCUGGUAUGGCCAUAUCCUUUUCCCUAAAAAUCGAUGCGAAACCGAAUGUGUUAAUAUGCAUUAUUGAUAACUACGAUUGAAACAGUGGUUUUAAAUUACAGAUUCAAGAUGCUGUAAUUAAUUCUCCAGACGAACAAGAGACAAAUCGCAGUUCUUCUUUGAAGUCUCAGAAGACUUCAAGGUCUCGGAAUGGGAUUUUGUUCAUUUCUUCCCGUUCUGUGUUGAGAUUUAAUAUUAAAAAUUACGUAGAAUAAUUCUGAUCUGCAGUCGAGCAGCUCAAGCAAAAUUAAUGUCACUAGAUUUCCCCUUCGACCACGUGACCAUGUUACCUUUUCGAUUACCAUGGCAACAAGACGAUACUACCUGUAUGAUUACGGUACGGUGUUAUUUGUGCAAGAAACAGUAGAAUUGCAAUCAUUUCCACGUUUCUAAUAAUAAAGUACGGGCAUUUUCUUGAUGGAUUCGAAUCGGCCUAUGACCGGUAAAUCCAACGAGAGACCGGUAACUCGAUGGGGCAGGGAUCAAGAUGAGUCCGGAGGGCCCCAAAAUCGAACUCGCAGACCUUCGACUGGCGUCGAAAGGCCACAAAGUAAGUUGGAGAGACCAACCUCACGUCGAGGAACCAAAAACGAGAUUAACGAAUACGGCGAUGGCAUGCACUCGGCAGCGCCGAGCCAAAAUUCGGUACCAAGGCCACCGUCUGCAUCGAUUUUCUCCAGUAGAUCUCUCACUGCAAAUUCUCGAGCAAACCUCAUGAGUUCUGGCACAGGAUUAGGUAGACUUAACACAGGUUUAUCUACUACCAGUCAAAUGAAUGUUAACAUUUUGGAUCGACCGAUCACACAGCAAGGCAUUGCUGGCAUUCGACCCGGUACAAACAGAGGACUACCGAUGAACAGGCAAGUUCAAGACAAGAGAUACUACGAAGGUCUCGUGCAACUCAAAAUUAGAGAGCUCACACAGGAGAUAGCUAGCAUUAGUCGAGAGAUCGAUAGCCAAAGUAGAGACAGAUUGACGCUUAUGCACUAUGACAAAAGAGCCAAAGACCUGGCUGCUGAACUAAGCGACCUACAAGGACAGCUGGCAGAUUACAACAUCGUUGUGGAUAAGAUGUCAAUGGACAUCGACAAGGAAGUCGUCGAACGAGACACUAGAGAAUUGAGACAACUGAAUGAUCGCACAUCAUCGGAGAUCGAAAGAAUGUUUGAGCAUCGUCAACAAAAGGAGCAGGAAUUACGUAACUUAGAAAAGAGCAUCGAGUUGGAAAGAAGAAAUACCGAGAGGAUCGUCGAAAGUAUGGAACAAGGUAUCAGGGACAAAUACGAUGGUUUAAUUAAAGAAAAGACUAGGCUACAGGGUGCAGUCGAUAAGAUACAACAGGAACUUGAUGAAUUAUCUAAGCAGAAGUCCACAAUGGAGGAGCAGAUAGCUCUCUCUCAGGUGAAACAAGAGGCAGUGAAACUACACGUUAAGAUUCUGGAGACUGAGGAAAAGGUCGAGAAAUUAAGAGCAGAAGAGAGAAAUAAACUGACGCCGGAGGAAGAGAGAGAACACUUGCUGUCAAAGGUGAAACAAGAUAACACUGACAUAGCCGCAGCCGAACGGCAGAUAGCCGAUGCAAAGAAACGCACCGUGGAGUUGGAACAGGAAUUGGAACAGCUGGAAACGGAGUUGGAGGAAAGCCAAUCGGAGAAACAAAUUAAGUACAAAGAGCUGCGUAAAAGAGAGGAGGUUAUGGAACAGUUCAUGUCCACCUUUGAGCGCACGAAGAAAGAAGAAUUGGAAAAAUUGGAAAAAUUGGAAGCAACUGUCGUUGAAAGACUUGAAGCAAUCUCCAAUAAUAUAGACGGUGAAGCCUACCUGACAUUAGGAGAGGAGACGGCGCUUCUGAAUCUUCAACCCACCCAGGAAUAUCAGGUCCUGAGUGCUGACCAAAACCUUGAGAGCCUUGGCAAAGAGCACGCCAGACUGCAACAGGUUCUAAUUAAGAUGGAAUCCAUGGAGAAGAGAUUGAAAACCGAACUGAUGAAUCUUAACGAAAAAAUCAAAAAACAGCAGAGCGAACUGGUUACUUUAGAAGAUCUGGACGGGCUGAAAGCACGGUACGAAAUGAAGCGAGAGAAGCUACUCGCUGAAAAGGAGGAACUGAGGGCCUCGGAACCAUCAUGCAUAAAAAAACUCAAAGCUGUCGAAGAAGAACAUAUGGUGAUCAAGGAACGUCUAAAUAAGAACGAAACUUAUCGCCAGAUCAGUUCUUUAGAGGGGAAGCUGGAAAAAUUAAAACAGGAUAAUAAAUCUAUGGAAGAAUUCAUCGGUGAGGAACGCAAUCGAGCCAAUUAUGCUCCCUUGAAAGAUCACACGUUCAAUCUAGUUGCUCGAUGCAAUCACGUACUUAUGGACAUUAUGAAGCCAGUGUAUUAAAGCCCUGUAAUCUAA